AUGGGGUUAGAAAAGUUUAAGCGUUAUCCUCUUACCUUUGGUCCUUCACCAAUCACCCCUAUGAAGAGACUGUCUGAUCUUUUGGGAGGGGAGGUUCAGAUAUAUGCAAAGCGAGAAGAUUGCAACAGUGGUUUGGCGUUUGGCGGUAACAAGAUCAGAAAGCUUGAAUACCUCAUUCCAGAGGCGGUCGAUGGUGGCUACGAUACACUUGUAUCUAUUGGAGGAAUUCAAUCCAAUCAGACUAGACAGGUUGCAGCAGUUGCAGCCCAUUUGGGAAUGGAUUGCGUUCUUGUCCAAGAGAACUGGGUGGACUAUAAAGAGGACGUGUACGACAAAGUUGGUAACAUCGAACUCUCCAGGAUCAUGGGUGCAGAUGUAAGACUUGACUCUGCAGGCUUUGAUAUUGGAAUCAGACCAAGUUGGGAGAAUGCAAUGGACAGUGUGAAAGCACAGGGUAAAAAACCAUUCCCUAUCCCAGCAGGAUGCUCUGAACAUCCAUAUGGAGGAUUGGGUUUUGUUAACUUCGCCAACGAGGUGGCAGAGCAGGAGAAGGCUCUGGGCUUUGAAUUUGAUUACAUCGUUGUUUGUGCAGUAACUGGCAGCACCAUGGCGGGUAUGGUCGUAGGCUUUGCAUUUCAAGGCCGCCAAAAGAAGGUGAUCGGCAUUGACGCAUCAGCAAAACCAGAAAAGACCAAAGCUCAAGUCUUCAGAAUUGCUGAAAACACUGCCAAACUUGUUGAUCUUCCCGUUAAAUUAACACCCGAUGAUAUUAUUUUGGAUGACAGAUUCGGAGGGCCUGCAUACGGAUUGCCCAAUGACGGAACAAUGGAGGCCAUUCGCCUUUGUGCGCGCACGGAGGGUGUGCUCGUAGAUCCCGUAUAUGAGGGCAAGUCUAUGGCUGGUCUCAUACAGCUUAUUAAAGAGAAAAAAAUUCCAAAGGGAUCGAAGGUCCUCUAUGUCCACCUGGGUGGGGCCCCAGCUUUGAACGCUUAUUCAGACCUAUUCAAAGAAGGCUGA